AAGUGAGUGGUGGGCGUGUCUGUUGUCAGAGUUCACGUGACCCUGUAAUGUCACUACUAUAUAAAUCCUCUGUCAGACCGCUCUCUGGUUCUCUCCUUCAUUUUCUCACCGAGGCCUUGUAUCUAGCUCGGUCUGGCUGUGUUACGUGAAUCAUGGCAGACCAGGCUUUUGUCACACUUGCGACAACUGACAACUAUGCCAAAGGAGCAAUGGUACUUGGCCGGUCCUUGAGGAACCACGACACAUCUAAGAAAUUAGUGGCGCUGAUUGGCCCAAAUGUCUCAGAACCCUCCAGAGCUGUACUUCAUAAGUUGUACGAUGAGGUCCGGCUGGUGGAUGUACUGGACAGUGGGGACGCUGCACAUUUGGCCCUGAUGAAGAGACCUGACCUGGGCGUGACGUUUACGAAGCUCCACUGCUGGACUCUUACAGAAUACUCCAAAUGCGUGUUUUUGGAUGCAGAUACUCUAGUUUUGUCAAACAUAGAUGAAUUGUUUGAAAGAGAGGAGCUCUCUGCUGCACCGGAUCCCGGCUGGCCAGAUUGCUUCAACUCUGGUGUAUUUGUGUUCCGUCCCUCCAACGAGACUUACGAGAAGCUUAUUACAGCUUGUUCAGAAAAUGGCAGCUUUGAUGGUGGGGAUCAGGGAGUUCUCAACAGUUUCUUUAAUAAUUGGGCAACAGCAGACAUUUCAAAACACCUUCCUUUCAUCUACAACCUCAGCAGCAUCGCCAUCUACACCUAUCUCCCAGCAUUCAAACAAUAUGGCCGUGAUGCCAAGGUGAUUCACUUCCUUGGAAAACUCAAACCGUGGGAUUAUACUUACGAUACCACAAGCAAAACGAUAAAAGGACAGUCCUGGGAUCCUUCGGACCUGCACCCCAACUAUUUGCUCCAGUGGUGGGAGCUGUUCUCUUCCUCAGUAUUGCCCCCUAUGAAAGAGGAGUAUGGUGAACAGCCCUUCCAUUCCGGAUGCACAGAGGGUAAUGUUCACGACGAAGUUGCUCAGAUGCACAUAUCCCAUCAGCCCCCUCAACCUCAGAUUUCUUCUCAGGAGCGGAAACAGAAGUGGGAACAGGGCCAAGCUGACUACAUGGGAAUGGACUCUUUUGACAACAUCGCAAAAAGGCUCGAUUCGUUCCUAAAGUGAGGGACACACGCAGCAAUGUACCAUCAGAUUUAGUUUUGUACUAGAGUAUGUAUGGGGUAUGUAAUAAAGUUACAAAAAACUUAAAUAUGUCAUUUAUAGCAGCACCACAAGGUCUAUGCAGCUCCAGCCAACCUCGUGUACUGAGAUUGCAACAUUUAUGAUUCACAUAACUUAACGUUUUCACAUCUUGCCUCAUUUCCUGAGGUUACACCAUGCAAUGUCUCUAAUGAAGAUACUGCUGUUACAUGCUGUUGUUUUUUUAUUACUGUAAAUGUGUUAUGAUUUGCCUUGUGCUUGUAGAGAUCACAAACAGUAGAAAAAAAUCAUACAGCAACCAAACCAAACCUUGUAAAUGUCUUUUACGCCUCAAGUAUACAAUCACUCUCUACAUUCAAUAUUGAUCCCCAGAGCUUCUCAAUGAUAGUGUUUACAAGAUGCGUUGUAUGCGGUCGACAUCCUGAACUGUCAUUAUUGGCUCUAAUGUACGUCAGUAACUCUUAUUGUGUAAACCAAGGUCACUCCACUCGCUUACUGGGCAGUUACUCCCUGUACCAAGGUUAUGGAAACAAUGAUUUAGCUACACUUGGUUACACCUUGUACUACUGUUAAGAUGGUUGCUGUAGUUGUUGACUAUAACUACUGAAAGUCUCUAACUUCCCUAUAGCUUUGCCCUGCACGUGCAACGUCAAAAAAUAAAGAACUAGUAAUGUGAAUCUUGA